ACGAAAAGGCCGUUUUGCGCCAAAACGUUAUGUUCCUCUAUUUGGGUAUUUCCCUGGUUAUUCUUUGUUUUUUCAUAGCAUUGAAAAUUUGUUUUCUUCAUUUUUCUGGAUUUUGAUUUUCUAAGAGACGAACCAGCGUUUAUUAUGUCGUCACAAGCAAGAGACAAUUUAAUACUCGCGAAGAAGCGGUUAGUACAAGUGCUGGGAGAUAAUGAAAAAGCGUACUGGUCGAACAUGAAAGCUUGGUUCAAACACGGUUUAACGAAGGAAGAAUUUGACGUUGAAUCUCGACGGUUGUUGCCCAAGGACGGGGCUCAUUUGCAUAAUAUGUUCCUGCUUGCUGUGCUGACCAAGUGCCAUGUUUCAAGCUCAAGUUCAUCUAAAGACACGACCUCUACAGUUGCUGCAAACAAAAUCAAGAAAAACCGAAGAAUUCAAAGUUUGAAACGAAAAUUUGACCACCGUUUCACCCCCCACACACCUGUCCCUUCCCCCACCCCGCCAGGCCCCCAUAAACCCGCCCCCAAGCCCACCCAACAGCCAAUCAGAACCUGCAUACGGACGUAUGAGGUCCCAUCAAUAGAAGAGAUGGUCGGGUACACGUCCGUCAUCGCGUGGGAGGCGGGGUUGGACGAAGCAACAGACGGAGCUGUGGAGUUCGCUACAGAAGCAGUCAGGGUUUUCCUAAAAAACAUUCUCUCAGCGAUCUUUACACGAAGAUCUGCGUACAAAUUAUUCCGCAAAGCAAGGUACUCAAUGGGAUGCGAGCCCACCAACCCAUAUCUACACAAUAGAAGCUCGCCUAAUGAUAAAAGUUUACUAAGCUAUGAAGAAAAAGAACAACAACGGAUCGAAGAAAUUGGGAAAACGUCGCAAAUUGCCGUAGAUCCUAAAGGCCCAGUCAACUUAUAUGAUCUAUUAUACACACUCAAGACGUACCGUUUGUCCUUGAUCCCAUCCAACACUGUUUAUUCGUCAGCCGUGGAGAGAGUCGUCAGUCAUAUGUGGCACCCGUCGCAUGACGAAGUAGAGUGUCAGCAAAAGUUUACAACUCUUAUGAAAUCCUAAAUUUUUUAUAACUUUUUUUUCUUCGUUUUUUUGAAUUUGGUUAAUAAACUGUUCGGAUUAAA